UGCAAGACAGAAUUUUGCUAUCAUUGCCGGCAGCCCUGGCACCCCAAUUCCUCCUGUGAGCAGGCCUGGCGGGAGUGGAAGCAGCAGAGCCCUUUGGGAGCUGUGGAACUCUCCACGCAACUGAUCUGGAAAGAGGAAGCAGCCCACAACCCUGACACCGUCAAGGUCUGUCCCCGCUGUGGUGCCUUCAUCAUGAAGAUCAACGAUGGGAGCUGUAACCGUAUGAACUGCACUGUCUGUGGCUGCCUUUUCUGCUGGCUCUGCAUGCAAGAAAUCACGGAUGUGCAUUUCCUCAGUCCUUCUGGCUGCACCUUUUGGGGAAAGAAGCCCUGGUCUCGAACCCGGAAGCUCCUAUGGCAGCUGGGCAUGGUGUUGGGUGCCCCAAUGGUGAUCUCAAUUGUUGCUGGCAUUGCAGUGCCGGUCAUCACCCUGGGAAUACCCAUUUACACAGGGAAGAAGGUUUUGAACCACGGGCGCAAGAGCAAACUGUCAGGCUGCCAGCAGUGUCUUUCUGUUGCCAGCAGUAUUCUCCUAUCUCUCUUUGUGUCCCCUGUCAUCACAGCUGUCACUGUUGGGGUGGGUGUGCCCCUGAUGCUCACCUACGUGUAUGGGGUCGUGGUACUCUCUCUGUGCCGGAAUCGCUGGGGGUGUGGAAGCUCCCGAAAGGAAGCUGGGGAGCUCAGCACAGUGGAACUGGAGAACCUCGCCAAAUUGAACGAACUGCUGGCUGUGCUGCCUACCCCCAUGGUGCCCGAGAAGGGGGCUUCUGCUUCCAUCCGCCAUUCAAGUAACAGUCAACACGAAGAACCCUACCAAAAAGAUUGGAAAAGCGAAUCUGCCAGCACUGUAGCCUUGGCAGGCAGCAUGCUGAGUGAAGCUCAAGAAACUUCUCACAGGGAUGGCCUGAAUAUGGUGGAAGUGGAAGUGGAGAUUGAAACUCAGCCACAGGCUGCCGGUGAGCACAGUCUCUGUAGUGCUGCAUCAGGCCACAGCUUUUCAGCAGAUUCGCUCGCCUACACAAGUGAUGGCUGCAGUUUGGCAGGAGUGAUGACAGAGUAAAGCAACACAGAGAAGCAAUUGUGGACUGAAGAUCCAAGUUCUCCUAGCUUGAAAGCCAAGUCUGUCUACAACAGCCCAUGCAAGAUUCAUCACUGCUCACUUUGGUUACCCAAACACUUGGCAUCUUUUAGCCCCCAUUUUGCCUUCCACUUGAUUAAGAUCUUUGGUGCUUCAAGAUAAUAAAUAGCAGCUAUCAGAGGAGUCUAA